GGCAUAUAUACUUGCUGGAAGGCAGACGUGCUAAUUCACAUCCUUCGUGCAGCCUUCCGACGAACUUGGCCGGCCCUUUGGCUAACCGCUUGCCCCAGCCACGACGUUUUGCGGUUUUGUAGCUGCAGUUGUGCUCUCAUAGUAUUUCGUUAUUCAGGCAAAAGAUGCCGAGCCGAAAGCCGCUGAGGGCGAGAAGUAAAGAACUAGACGCCCGCCGUUGUCCUUGACCUGCGCGUGCACGUCAAGCAGAGCAGGCAUCUACAUAGCCUGGGCAAUAGAUGAUUACUAGUAUGCAAUAAACAUUGGUGCGCCUGAGUGGAUGACGACCUCUCGCUGGGCUUCGGCAUCCCCAGCGUGCUGGUCACGCUGCCAGGGCACAGCAAGUAUGGUGCUCAUGGCCUGGGCCGCAUUGAUAGUGUUACUACCAUGCUGGGGGCUGCGCAGCGCAGAGGGACAACCAACCUCAACAGAUUCUGGCAUGUCGACCAUUCGCAAAAACAUUCUCCUUAUCUUAACGGAUGACCAGGAUUACCUCCUGGGCAGCGCUGAUGCCAAGUACAUGCCAACUUUGGACAAGUACCUGCGCAAGCAAGGCCUUGAGCUGCCCCAAUUCAUUGUCGCGGGCUGCCCCAGUCGAGCCUCCCUCCUCACGGGGCGGCACUGCCACAACACCAACAUCACCAGCAACUCCGCAGCCCGGGGCGGCGCGUUUCAGUUUCUGGAGCGCGGUCUAGACUCCGACUAUCUGCCGGUGUGGCUGCAGGCCGCCGGUUACAACACGUACCUGGUGGGGCAGUUCCUCAACGGCUUUAACCGCUCCGUGCUGCAGCAAUACGGCUGCCCCCAGGGCUGGACGGCGGCCGAUGUGCUCGUGCAGGCGGAUGAAUCCUCGGACGGCGGCAGUGCCGAUGGCGCCGGCAGCGGGGACGGCAGCGGACAGGAUGUCCCCGCGUAUGGGUGUGCGGGGCCUGAUGGUGUCGUAACCUACACGGGGCGAUACCACGAGGAAUUGAUUCGGGAAAAGGUCACCAAGCGCAUUGAUGAAGCGGCGGGUCAGGACCAGCCAUUCUUUAUGAUGGUAGCCACUGUGGCGCCGCGUGACUCUGGCCGUGCAGCAACCGCCUACCCGGAGGUGAUGCCGGAAUACAAGAACCUAUUCCUAGGGGAACGGGCACCCAGGCUCGCGGACUGGGGUGUGCCGGUCCCGGCUGAGGUCGGGUUCACCAGCCAACGCACCAACAACUUCAACGCGGCGGACAUAGACGCCCGCUUUCGAGCACGGCUGCAAGCGCUGCGUGCCGUAGACGACACGCUGGCACUCAUGUUGUCGAGGCUGGCGUGUCACGAUCUGCUGGAUGACACAGUCAUUGUGUUCAGCUCUGACAGCGGCUUCAAGCUGGGUAGCCACAACAUGGCGCAGGACAAGUCCACCUACUUUGAGGAGGACGUACGUGUGCCGAUGCUGCUGGCCGGGCCGGGGAUGCCGGUGGGCGUGUAUGCAGCGGAGGUGACGGCGGCGGCGGUGGACCUCACAGCCACAAUCACCUACCUGGCAGGCAUAAUGUCCGAGCCCGGCAGCACCACUCUGGACGGGGCCCCUCUGCCGCUUGACGCCAUCGCCGCAGCCUACCCACAGCCCAACCAGCCCCGCGCCAGUGCAUCGGCGGCACGCGAGCGGCCCGUCUGCGACUCUCCAUUUCCCCAUCGGCCGCGGUCGCCACCUCCACCAUCACCCCGGCCGCCAGGGGGCCGGCCUCGCCCGCCUCCUCCUCCCUCCCCUCGACCUCCUUUACCUCUCCGCGUGGAUCCUCCACCGCCGCAAGCCAGCGUGCCACUGCCGCCGCGGCCCCGGCUGCGCCCUUGGACGCCGCCGUCACCACAGCCUCCAGGGCAACCCGACUCUCCACAGCGGCGGCCAUCACUUCCGCCGCCGUCUGCCACGCGCGAGCCCGCCCUCGCCCGUGCCACCCGUACCGCCACCGCCACGAGCGCCCUUACGGCCUCGCCCUUCGCCUCCGUCACCACCUGCUCCGCGGCUGCCCGCUGGCUCGCGCCCACCGCGACCACCUCGCCCGCCACCUGCCCUGACCCCCAGUCCGAGCCCGCCGUCGCCUCCCCCGCCAGGCCAGCCGAUGUCGCCGCCACCACUGCGGCGCUCGCCGGCGAUCCGCAAGCCACCGACUCGACGCCCGCCAUCCCCAAGAACCAAGCCGCCGGCUGCGCGCGCCUCGCCGCCACAACUGCUGCCACAACCGCUGCCUUCGCCGCCCACAAACCCCGCACCAGAGCCUGCGUCAGCCAAUCCACCGACCCCCGGAGGACAGACACCGCCACCGGGCCAACGGGCGCCCGCAUCGCCCUCCCCUCCUCCCGCUCCUCCACCGGGCACGCCGAGCCCACGGCCCCCACGCCCUCCGCCACCUCCACCGCCAUCUCCUCGUCCACCCUCCCCGCCUUCACAGCCGCCGGUUGCGCUGCCGCCAGGCCCGCCACCGCGGACUCAGCCGCCAUUCCGGCGCAGUCCGCCUACGCGGCGGCCACCACAGCGCCGCUCGCCGCAGCCCCCCAGACCUGUGGCAUCGGCCCCAUCGCCAUCAACGAUGCCCAGCCCAAGCCCACCACGCCCGCCAACUCCCAGCCCUCCUGCGCCCAGUCCUCCACCACCGCCUCACCCCAGCCCCCGCCCACCCCAGCCGAGUCCGCCUUCACCGUCACAGCCGAGCCCGAGCCCGCUGCCACCCAGCCCUGCACCAGCCGCGUCCCAUCCUUCGCCGCCGCUGCCAGCACCUCCGGUGUCCAGGCCACCCGAGCCACUCGCACACGGCGCCCCCCGCGGCCUCCACCGCCGCCGCCUCCCGUCAACCUGACCGCAUCAGUUGAGCAGCAGAAUUCUACAGCAGAAUCUGGUCGGAGGCUGCUGGCGCAGGUGCUAGGGCUAGGCGAGGGCGAGUGGGCAGCUGAGGAGGCUGGCCGCCGCGCCCGGCUGCAGCAACAGCAGCAGGCGGCACAGGGCAGCGCGCGGGAGCCGCUGCCGUACUACGGCAUGUGGAGCAACGUGCGCACGCUUGAAUCUUGGCUGGACAUGGCCACGCCUUCACGAGCCUCAAAGAGUUUCCGGGCGGUGCGCGCCUGCUCGUCCUUCAUGGGCUACGGACCGCCUGUACUGGUGCCGCGCGCUGGCAACACCACGUGCUUCAAGUACAUUGUGUUUUGCAACCCCGCCAAUGUUGACUCCCUGGGCACUAUUCGCAUGCUGUUUGACCUGGGGCGAGACCCCACCGAGCUCGUAAACCUAUACAAGCAGCCGCUGGAUGGAUUGGCUUUGCGGCUGGUAGACCGGCUGGAUGCGCUGUUGAGUGUGACAGCCUACUGCGAGGGAGGGCUGUGCCGCAACCCCUUCCGUGCCAUCCACAUUGACGGCAGCAUCAACAACCUGUACCAAGCCAUGGAUCCAACAUUUGAUCUGCUGUACGCCUCAUUUGACAAGUUCUCGUACCGGCGCUGUGCACCGUACUACCACCCAGAGAACGAGAAGGCUGACAAGCGCUUGGUUCCCACGCACAUUCGCAAAUGGGUGGCCAAGACAUAAGCAAGACCGAUUGCUUACCAAACAACUGUCCCGUUGCUUUACAGCGGAUCUUUCUGUUUUGAUGUUCCCACUAACGCCGUCGCGGGUGGGCAGUUUUAAGUGUGGCAGGAUGGACAGGAACGCCAGCAGCGUUCGGAACCAAAGGCGCGUUACUGAACCUGUGCUGGGAUCCCGGACUGUGCACUUGCAUACACGUGCAAGCCGGGCGUGAGCAUGAGUGAGCAUGCGGGCGCGCACGUGCCUGGCGUGAUGUACGUACGAUGCGGCAUGCGCGCCUGCCGCCAGGUGCUGUGUCUGGCGUGUGCGGUGCGGUGUGUUUUCAUG